GAUUAUAGUGAUCAUUUGAUAUAUAAUCACUGUGAUUAUAGUGAUCAUUUAAUAUAUAAUCACUUUGAUUAUAGUGACUAUUUAAUAUAUAAUCCCUUUGAUAAUAGUGAUCAUUUGAUAAAAAAUCACAGUGAUUAUAGUGAUCAUCUGAUAUAUAAUCACUUUGAUUAUAGUGAUUAUCUGAUAUAUAAUCACUUUGAUUAUAGUGAUUAUCUGAUAUAUAAUCACUUUGAUUAUAGUGAUCAUUUGAUAUAUAAUCACUUGAUCAUUUGUGAUUAUAGUGAUCAUUUAAUAUAUAAUCACUUUGAUUAUAGUGACUAUUUAAUAUAUAAUCACUUUGAUUAUAGUGACUAUUUAAUAUAUAAUCACUUUGAUUAUAGUGAUCAUCUGAUAUAUAAUUACUUUGAUUAUAGUGAUCAUUUUGAUCAUUUAAUAUAUAAUCACUUUGAUUAUAGUGACUAUUUAAUAUAUAAUCACAGUGAUUAUAAUGAUCAUCUGAUAUAUUAUCACUGUAAUUAUAGUGAUCAUUUAAUAUAUUAUCACUUUGAUUAUAGUGAUCAUUUGAUAUAUAAUCACUGUGAUUAUAGUGAUCAUUUAAUAUAUAAUCACUUUGAUUAUAGUGACUAUUUAAUAUAUAAUCCCUUUGAUAAUAGUGAUCAUUUGAUAAAAAAUCACAGUGAUUAUAGUGAUCAUCUGAUAUAUAAUCACUUUGAUUAUAGUGAUUAUCUGAUAUAUAAUCACUUUGAUUAUAGUGAUUAUCUGAUAUAUAAUCACUUUGAUUAUAGUGAUCAUUUGAUAUAUAAUCACUGUGAUUAUUUAUAUAAUCACUGUGAUUAUUUAAUAUAUUAUCAUUGUGAUUAUAGUGAUCAUUUGUGA